GAUCGAUGACGGCCACAUCGUUGCUCUCACUGAAAAUGGGUACGAGGUGAAGACCUUGCACGACAUGGGUCUGUCGGCAGACCUCCACUCUGCCAUGCAGUUGGUGAACCGCCUGAGGAUGUGGGGCUACACGCUCUACAGACAGAAGCCAGAGGACAUGUUCCCUGAUCCAUGGCACAGCAACACACACUGGGAUAACACGAUGCGGGAGAGCUUCUUCAUCUUCGUCCUCAAGGUUCCACUCAGCUUCAUACGGGAGCACCCAAAGGUCGCAUGA